AUGUCUCUAAACGGGCUGGAUGUGCCAGAAGUGCAGCAGGCCUACCAGGCUACCUUGGCCGAGGCUGGGGGAUGGUUUCUGGUGAGAUACAUCUCUCGCGACGAGGUCGCUCUGCUUGGCUGUGGGCAGGCCGGCUUGAGCGAAGCAAGAAACGCGAUCCUGCAGUAUGAGGAAUUGUCGCCUCUGUACGGGCUGGUGAUAUACCGGCGCAGGAAAGUGCUUGUCAAAUAUGUGCCCGAGGGGACAUCGCGGUUAUUGCAAGGUACGAAUCGGCCAUUGGCGAAAGCGCAGAUCAAGACUGACCGGGAGCGACGCANNGCGCGGACAGCGGUACACCUCCGGGAGGUGCAGGACAUGUGGGCGCCGUACGAGACGAUGCUCGAGAUUGAGACGGCUGACGGGCUGAACGACACGGCUCUGGCAGCGGCCUUUCCUCUUCACACCGCCUCACCCGCACUGUCCAGCAGUAAUCAAUUCUCCUUGAACGAGAUCACCGAGGACAACGAAGACGGCGACGCAGCCCCAAAGCCGCCGACCCACACCCCGUCCAUAUCGUCGGUAUCGAGCCGGAAGCCCACGCUUGAAAAACGACCCCCGUCCCAGCGUUCUUACCGCGCCCCUUCUUUCUCGAGUGUCCAACUCGCUAGCGACCACUUGCCGGCUGUCAAGCACAAGUCGUCGCUGUCACAAUUCNUGGUCCGGGAAGAGCUAGGGCACAAGUCAGUCACACAGUUGGAUGGAUACUCGGGGGUCGAAGACAACGCCUCGAUCAAAGACGACGCGGCCUCGAUACUCAGCACUCGCACCGAAUCGGCCAUCCCGUUGACAUCUCCUACACGGACUCACACCAAUGAGUCGGCCGACUACGAUCUGGAAAGAUAUCUAGAUUCGUUCUUCAAGCCGAAGAUAAAGCUUGGCCCACGUCCGGUCAACGUUGGCGACAAAGGCAAGCUCACGACGGCAGGCGCGCCCGUGUCGAGCCUUCCUGCUGGCAUCCAAUUCAGACCAAAACAGCCCCUGGCACACCCACAACCACAAUAUCCUGCGAAUCGCAAUCGUCUGCCUGAACACGCCUCUUCGGGUAUCACGGCGCCGCCGAGGCUGCCCUCGCUCCAUUUCUCGCCUCAGAUUCCAGACAUUCCCGAGUUCCUCCCGCCUCGGCCCAACUCAAGAGGCAGCUCUCGCUCGUUACCAGCUACUCGUGCUUCCAAGGCCUAUUUGACCCCUGAGAAGCAGCGGCUCAUGAAGGCCCUUGAAAUGAGGAAAAAGCAGAUGAGGACUUCAGCCUCUGUAGAAUCAAUGCCACAACUGUCAGCUGCCCGAGUCGCUGGUCAAGGGGCUGCCGACGCGAGCCAGACCCAGGCGCAAGAGGGGCAACGCAGGACAGGUGCAAACAAAGCCGACUCCGGCAUUGACAUAGCACAACCUCCUGUCGUCAAGGAAAUUCUACCUUCACUUUUGCAAGAAGACUUGAAUCCAGUGGCUGAAGCGCCCCUGGAAUCAUCUGACGCCCGACCCAUCGCAGAAGAGAGACAAGCAAAGACCCUCUUGACGAAUUCUACUGAAACCCCCAUUGACGAGGUCGCUACUAGUACAAUCUUGGACAAAACAGCUCUGACGCCGAACUUUGUUGAGCCAGAACAGCCAUCGAAGACUGACAAAGGCGAGCGCCUUAUUCACAAUCAGGAACACAUCUCUGCGCAAAGACCAGCCGUAAAGGUGGAAGAGCCUACAAAAUCACUUGCGGUUGAUACUAUCAGUGAAGCUCUGAACCACACUUCUGCCGUCAAUUCUCGAGAAACUGAGAGCUUAGUGGAUUCCACGAUCUUUGACAACCAAACCCAGCCAGAGGCCCACGAGUCAAUUCCCUCUUUUUCAUCCGAGGCUCCCCAAGAGCGUGACAGCUUUGAGCCAGAGGUAGAGGCUAGUUCAGAAGAUCCACAGAAGAGGCGCCGUAAGGGUCUGCUGGAACCUUUGCAGAUCCAAGUUCGCCUCGAACGUCACACUUCUGAGCACAAGUUCCUUGCAGACGACGACUUCAUGGACGAGCUACAGACUGCUACUUUCGAACAAGCCACCCCUAUCGCUAUGUCAAAGUCUCCUGCAAGCCCAUUCUUCCCGCCGAGACGCCCGAGCUCCCGCUCUGCCAAGUCAUCCAACUCGACUACCACAGCAGUGUCUACAGAAUCGAUUCCGCUCGUGCCUUCUGUCGGUGACACUCUGGACAAGCGCCAGAUUGCUCCUGAGCUGUUGCUGCCUUCAUUUGAACCGCAAUCCGUUCUUCCGACUAGAACGCCAUCAGUCUCUUCGGUAAGAACAACGGAUUCGGGAACCCUCCUGCGCAAGACGAAUGUGUCUUCUGGCAUAUCUGCAAGAAUCGCCGCACUCGCCGAAAAGUCGACCCGAGAUGGAAGUCCUCCUGUUGUUCCUGGCUCCCGCAAGCUGUCUGCUAAUUCGACCAUCGCACAACGCAAGAGUUCGUAUAUUGACCAAUCCGCCGAACCUCAAGCUACUGGUGGCGCCGAGAGAAGACACGUUGGCAAAUUAUCUGUCUGGCCUGCCGCGACAGCAUCCAACCCGUCGAAUCCAAAGAUCAGAGGCGCACAAUCGAGCAAUCGUGAUUCGGUCUCAGUCACCGCACGCAUCGUUCGCGUUCCACGUGCGGGAGAGCCGCUCAAUGCACCCGAACUCCAGGCUUCACCACUCCUGUUCAACCACCAGCGUUCGGCACAGGCUGACAGCUCCACUCCUCUCGCCCCCAUUGUCACUACCUCCAAACCGUCUCAGGGAGAGCAUGACAGUGUCAUGUCGUCGCACAGCAGGGAUGGCGUGACGUCGCGCGGCUCAGUCGAGACCAGUGCCACUGGUAGACGCAAGUCGUUCGAUCGCAAAUCCUUCAAGAGUGUGAACGGUCCAGCCAGUCCAAAGAAGAACGCACUCCAGCAGAGUAUGACAAUGCCACCCCUCGACAACAGCCCGGAUAAGACGAGUCGCACUAGUCGCUUUUUCAAGCGCAUCUCUCAUCUUGGUAAGGACAAGAAGAAGAGUCCUCAGGUGCCCUCAAUCACGACCACGCCAUCUGAGCCCAUGUCUCCCACCUCAAUUACUCGAUCAGGCCCGACCAGCCCUGCAGCCGUCACCACAAUUCCCGAAACUGUUCAGGAAUCCAAGUCUGACCUUGCACCCCCAGCCAUCGCUCGCAAUCCAGCAGUCGCUGCAGUCGCUGCAUCCAAGCCUCGACCGGAGUCUAUCGCUGACGUCCCUCCUCCAGUGUCAAUUGGAGAUUUCAAUGUGCAGUUUCCAGACACGAUGCUUUGGAAGCGACGCUGGAUUGAGAUCGACAGUACUGGCCACCUCAUCUUUACCGCGGCUGCUCGCCACAGCAGUAUCCAAAAGUCUUUCAACUCCAAGUUCCACCUCAAGGAACUCGGUCCUCCCUUCAUUCCCGAUUUGGAUAGACAGGAGAUGCCACACAGUGUGAUCUGCGAUCUUGUCCAGGGAGAAGGUUCCAUACAAUGUGCCAGUGAGGAUGCCAUGUCGCAACGCCAACUAUUGUCCCCCUGGAAGGCUGCUUGA